AUAGUAGUUGGGUUACCUGUGGUUCUUACAAAACAAAAUGGAGGACAACACUAACGAAGAAGAAGUCAGUGAAAAUGAGCCGGUCGAGACACCAGAUGCAGGAAAACGGAAACGAUUAUUUCACAAAGAACUGAGGUGCAUGAUGUUCGGUUUUGGAGAUGAUCAAUGUCCUUACACUGAAUCUGUGGACUUCCUUGAAGACCUUGUUGUUGAGUACAUCACAGAAAUGACUCUCAAAGCAAUGGAAGUUGGAAAGAAAGGGAAAGUCCAUUGUGAAGACAUCGUGUUCCUUAUUAGGAAAGACCCCAAGAAAUAUGCCAGGGUUAAGGAUCUUCUGACAAUGAAUGAAGAACUUAAGAAAGCCAGGAAAGCAUUUGAUGCUGAAAGCUAUGGAGAGAUCCCAUGAAAUGGUAUCAUUUGAAGAAAAAUGAUGGUCAACUGGAAUUACCAUGUAUUAUUUUAUCAGAACUGAAUCAGGGGUUUAAACAAUGGCUGGUCAGUCACAGAUCAUAAUCACUGUUCAAAGUGUAGUUUUGACUCAGUAAUACCUUUUUUUUUGUGGUUCAAUAUUACUGCUCAAAAUGAUCAAUAUGCAAGGCAAAGAUUUGACUGGCAGGRCAAGUUUUAGUACCCAAGGUAGACCACAAUGCAUCAUGUUUGCUACCUCAGAAAAGGUCAAUUAAAUCCCAAAUUGUACUCUGUAGAGUCCCAAUUAAGUUGCUCAAUUUGUUUGAAUAUAUUAUAAACAAAGAAUCACAUAAUCUUCUCCUACAAUUCUGAAUUUUUAGAUACUUGUGAUGUUUUGAAAGUUGUCAAAUUUUGAAAACUUUCGAAACCUCACUCAUAUCAUUCUAUGAAUCCCGAAUUGUACUGACUAGAUUGUGAGAUUUCCUAUAUGUACAGUAUUUACUAUUAUAUAUCACUUUAUAUACUUUAAAUCCUGGGGAGGCUACUCCUUUUGUUCAAGUUGCUUAGAAAAUGACUCCCCCCCACUCCCCAUAAGUCUUAAAGGUAGAGUAAUGUAUAAAUUAAAAGAGUUGUUAAUACCUCAGGUACAAUCAUAAUAUGUGAUUGAUCAUUUCAUUAUGAUGACUGAAGGACAUAGUUUCUUUUGUUCUGCCAUGUUUUUUUCAAAAAAUAAGGAAAUAAUUGAGAAACCUUGACCCUGGACAGUACAGGAGUACCCCACCCCCUUCCGUCCAUCCUUCAUACUGUUUGAGCUCAAACGGUUGUAUAUUUGAAACUUAGGCAUUUUUAUUGAAGCGGCUCAUUUAAUCAUUUCUAGCUAUGAUCAUUUGAACCAGUUUUCAAUUUUUCUAAUAACAAACAUAGUAGGUGUGGUAGUAGCAAUAUUAUAAUAAAUAUCUGUUCAAUUAAGACAGUUAAA